GACAGCCGCUAGUCGGCUAACUGCAUCGAGCGAAACCAAAAGCUUUUGUCGUCCGGGGUUACUUCACCCUGGCACACGCACUUAUUCAGAGAGAUAUAAUCCAAUAAUAUUACACGUCAAGAAACUUUGUCUUUAUCUUGAGGCGUCGUGUUUUUUGAGGUUUGGGGAAGAAUAAGCUGGGUAAAAACUCGCAUACGUAGUUGUGGCUAACUGCGCUAGCUCGGAGAGAAAAGAAGAGAAAAGGCCUCAGCGUCAAUUAUAUGAAGUGAGUAAGAUAAUAGCUGUUUAAAAUCAUCCUGGCAUAUCACGGUGGUUGCCCUUCACUGCUACUACUGUACGGAUCGGACAAUUUAAGAGAAGGGGCAGAACAUCGAUAGAGAAGAUGGCUUUGAAAAGGAUCCACAAGGAGCUUAACGACCUGGCUCGUGACCCUCCGGCACAGUGCUCGGCCGGCCCAGUGGGCGAUGACAUGUUUCACUGGCAAGCCACAAUCAUGGGACCUAGUGACAGUCCAUAUCAGGGAGGUGUUUUCUUCUUGACAAUUCAUUUUCCAACAGACUACCCCUUCAAACCACCCAAGGUUGCAUUUACGACACGAAUUUACCACCCAAAUAUUAACAGUAACGGCAGUAUCUGUCUGGAUAUUCUCAGAUCACAGUGGUCUCCUGCACUUACUAUUUCUAAAGUUCUUCUCUCCAUUUGCUCACUCCUAUGUGACCCAAACCCUGAUGACCCACUAGUGCCAGAGAUUGCACGAAUCUACAAAACAGAUAGUCAGAAAUACACCAAAAUGGCAAAAGAAUGGACACAAAAAUACGCAAUGUGAUGACAUCGUUCGGAAAGCUGGAGGAAAAUGUUGUUGCUGGUUCAAACUUAAAAAAUUCCGGGAUCUUUUUUUUUUUUUUUUGGUUAUUUUUUCCCCCUCUCUUUUUUUCACUUUUAUUAUUUUUUUUGUUAAUCAGAGCAUUUUACCUCCUCUCUCUCCCCCCUCUUCCUCCCCCCCCUUUUUUUUUUUUUCCCUCUCCCCCACCUGCGCGCUCAUAAGAAGAUAGUGUUUUUCUCUCUCAAGGACACGUGCCAGUUUCUGUGAAGUUUCGACUCCCGUUUUUUGUACAGAGUUUAAAAAAAAAAAAAAGAAAAAGAAAAAGAAGAAAAAAAAAUCACCAUGGUUCUAAUAACUCGGUUUGAGCAUGCACCAGUAAGUUUCUUUUUUUUUUUUCUUUUUUUUUUUUUUCCCUUCAAACCUCCGAAAUUGGUGAUAUUUGUCAUUACUCUGCACACACUUAAGUAGAAUCUGAUGCAGCUGGUCUCCUGACUCUCUGAAUAGCAUAUCGACCCAGCGGUGAUCUUGUUCGGGUGUUGACCGUCUGGACGCUUCGGGGGAGGGGGAGGGGGGGAGGGGUUCGUCGGUCACAACUCCCGACUGUAAGCUGGGUUUCUCGGGGCAUUUUGUAGAGAAACCUUCUUUUUCCAGAUCCUUUAAAUUCUGCUCUUAAAUUUCAAAUUUAGCAAAAAAAAAAAAAAAAAAGAAAAGUCAUCUGCUCGAUUUAUUUGAGCCUGAGGUAAAAGAAAAAAAUCCUGAAAAAUGUCAAUUCUCUCUCUUGAAAAGCUUUGAGAAACUGGUUCGUGGGUCUUGUAUCUGCCUCCUUGGACUGGUGUGACUUCAGUCAGUAUGUUUUUCUGAUCAUUAGUAUAGGAAUCUAUUACCUGAGGAAAGAAGUGUAUCUUAUUCCACUAUCAAAGUGUGUGUACAGAGAAGCACAGCAGUAUAUAUCAAAUGUUAAGGAAACAUAAAAUAUAAGAUCUUCAAUGUUGUAUUAUUAUGCAUGUUAAUAAAGGUAGGCUAUUAUAUCUGAUAUGUUUCUGCAGAUUUAAGUGGAUUGUAAGGCUGAACAGUUGGAAAAAUUUGGUUCCCCUCAAAAGCUCUAUUUCUUUUUAUUAUUUUUUUUUAUUUUUAUGUUUAUUUAGAAGUCAGUAGAUGAGCUAUUAGUUUUAUGCCCACUCGAACACUGUCUUCUUGUAGCCCUAAAAUAUUGAUGCAAAGCCAAUGGUUGAUAAUCAACCUGUGGCUCUGCUUUUGUUUUUAGUUUUCCCUUCAAUAAAGUUACUUAAACCAUACAA